CCCGCUGGUGCCGCCCCCAGCAUGGCGACACGGUAGAGGAGCGGCUGCGCCGGGCGACCGCCCCCUCCCGCCUCCCUCGCACGGGCACGGCGCGCCGCGGGCGAGCGAGCGGCCUCGGCGGCGCUGGUGCCGCCGGUGCCCCGCACAGGGUUCAGCGGCGGCGGCGGAGGAGGAUGGCGGCGGCGGUCGCGGCGGCGGCGGCGGGCACAGCAGCAGCAGCAGCGGCGGCGGGGCCAAGAGGCCGCGCGGCGGGAGCCAGCACCGUCCCGAGCAGCUCAUGGUGGCGCCCCGGACCCGCCAGCAGCGGCCGCGCCGGGGCCGCCAGCUGAGCCGGAUCCCGGCGGGCGGCUCUCCCCUCUCCACACCGACCCACCGAGCGACCCGUCCCCCUCCCCCGGCGAACCCUCUCCCCCCUCCCCGGCGCGACCCGCGCCUCGGAUCGCCCCCGCCGGGGCCGGACUGCCACCAACCCCGGGCGCCGCGGGGAAGGCGGCGGCGAAGGGCACCGGGCAGCGCCAGGCGGCGGCGGGACCAUGGGCGCGAAGCAGAGCAGCCCCACCGCCGCCAAUGGCCGCACCCGGGCGUACUCGGGCGGGGAUCUGCCUUCCUCCAGCAGCAGCAGCAGCGGCGGCGCUAACGGGACCGGCGGGCGCUCGGCGGGCGCCGGCGGGCGGUACGCGCACCUGGCGGCGGCGCCUCACGCCGCUCCGGGCGGCGCGGCGGCGGCCGGAGGAGCGGCGGCGGCGGGGGGUGCCGCGGGGUCGGCACCCCGGAGCAGGUCCCUGGGGGGGGCCACGGCCUCUGGCGCCCGGGCGGCGCAGUCCGCCCUAAACAUCCUCCACAGCGUCGGCCCCUACGGCUCGCAGGACUCGGUCAGCAGCACCCCGGAGGAGGGCGGCCGGGACCGGCCCGCGGGGGGCGGCGGCGGCGGCGGCGGCGGCUCCACCGGCAGCUCCUCCGGCGGGCCUCGGCUGGUGAUCGGCUCGCUGCCCGCGCACCUCUCGCCGCACCUGUUCGGAGGAUUCAAGUGCCCUGUAUGUUCAAAAUUUGUAUCUUCUGACGAAAUGGAUUUACAUCUUGUGAUGUGUUUGACAAAACCAAGGAUAACCUACAAUGAGGAUGUGCUGAGUAAAGAUGCUGGGGAGUGUGCAAUAUGCCUGGAAGAGCUGCAGCAAGGAGAUACUAUAGCACGGCUGCCUUGCCUCUGCAUAUAUCAUAAAGGCUGCAUAGAUGAAUGGUUUGAAGUAAAUCGAUCUUGCCCUGAGCAUCCAUCUGAUUAAGACAAGAUUCAUGUUUUUAGCUGCUUCCACUGAUCAGAAAACAUAGGAGAUGUGAGGUUCCCUUGCUGAACACAGCAUGCCUGGCUUGAGACUUAGAGUUCUUUGUGGCUGAAAAAGGCAAAGAUGGACAAUGACAUGGAAAAAACAUUGCAGACACCAGUUACUUGCCAGUAGUGCUCAGUAUACCAAACACUCAUGCAAAGGACAUACAGGGAUUUUGAAAAUGCUGCACAUCCUGUAACAAUCGACUCCCCACAGACAUUACUGACACUAUUUUGUAUCGAAGGCCAAAGUUCCUAAUUUCAGCCUAACUUCUGGUUCUGUGAAGAAGCGAGUUAUUGGACACGUUUCCUACUGCCUCGAGUGGAAGCGGAGAUGUUCGAUACGUGCUAUCUGAGACCCUUGCAGGAGGAUGGCCCCGGAUUUGAGUGGGAACGUUUUCACCUUCUCGUUGGCUGAAGAAUAGUAAAUGGCAAACUAAAUAAAUUCUAAUAGUGUGACCUUAAUUUACUGAAUUCA